CGAUUUUUCUAUAUAAUGCAGACAAGUUCGCUAUAGCGAUCACAUUUGUUGUGAAUUUUUUACAGUUUCGAGUUUUUUUUUCGUAAGGUGAAGACAAUAUGAAGACAACACAGUUGAUUUUUCUCGGUUGCCUGAGUUGGGUGGUAACCGUAGCCAAAGCCCGAGACUUGAACAGUCCAUUAACAGACAUCCCAGAAAAACUACAAACCGAAUCUACAGAUCUGGCAAAGCAAACGAAAUCACAUCUGGAUGAAAACUUGACAUCAUCAGAAGCCUCCCUCAACGAAAUCAUCCCUUCCGUCGAUCAACUUACCAAUAAAAGCGACCCCAUCAAACUAGGCGAGCAAAUAGAAAACAUCACCGAUCCGAAGAAAAGAAAAGAAUUAAUCCAGGAACUGAAAACCGCCGCGAAUGAAAAUAAAAACACUCUAGCCGGGAAAUUCUACGAAGCAGCUUAUCAAUAUUUCACAGACGAAGAAAAAGCCAGCAAAAUGUGGACCAACGAAUUAAACAAGGUAACCACGCAAGCGAUACAAAGAGGUUCAAAAGUCGUUACAGUUUUUGAUCAAGGUGUAGGAGAUUAUUUUCCAAGAGCUAGAAAAAUCCUCGAACUCGACCCCUUGGGUAUCGCGUUACGAGGAGGCGAUGCUGUGCUUUUAACUGUGCUUUCUGACGCCAGUAAGAACAUAGGGAAGGUCUCAGAUUUAGUGUACGAUACAGCAGGAAAUAUAGUCGGCGUAAAUAGAGUAUUGACGGGACGUAUACAAGGUAUUCCUAUCGUCGGUCAAAUUAAAUCCAAUGUCGAUGGUUUGGUCGAUGAAGGCCUGAAGAGAGGUAAAUUCCUGGUCGGAUCUUUGGCAGAAACUGGAGCAAAAACUUUUGGCACUUUGGCCGCAGAUUCUACCAAGAAAGCUAAUGAGAAACAAGCAGCUUUCGACCAGUAUGUUGCCGAGCCUGCUUCUUCGAGCGUGUAAAUCGUCGUGAUAAUGCUCAAGCACUCGUAGUUUGGCAUAAAGAUUAUUUUUAAUGUUAAGUGGGUACGAGGUGAUGGUUGUAGAAUUUUUCACUUUCACUUUUCUUAGUAAUAAUUGAAUUAAAUAAAUAAAUACCUAUUACGAUUCGAA